GCUUGGUUGGAAGAACGAUGUCCUCACCUUCUAAAAAGUUAUUGACUCCACUGUUGCUUCUCUCUCUCCUUUUCCAAAUAUGCGUUUCCCAAGAUACCAUAACGCCGGACGAGCCUCUUAAAGACGGUGACAUCCUCGUCUCCAACCGAGAAACGUUUGCUCUUGGAUUUUUCAGCCGGCUUGCCAAUUCCAGCCGUCGCUACGUCGGGAUUUGGUAUAACAAAGUUCCAGUACAGACGGUUGUUUGGGUCGCUAACAGAAACGAUCCACUCGAUGGCACCACGGGUAUCCUUUCCAUCGACGGUCAUGGAAACCUCGUCCUCACCGAGACAAACCGAAACAUCCCUAGCUGGUCUACUAACGCUUCUGUUGUCUCCGCGAACCAUUCCAUGGCUCGGCUCUUGGACACCGGGAACCUCGUUUUGGUUCAUCCAGAAACCCAGCGCCCUAUAUGGCAGAGCUUUGACUUUCCGACCGACACUUGGCUUCCGUUUAUGAAACUCGGGCUCGAUCGCCGGGCUGGGCUGAACAGGUUCCUGACAUCUUGGAAGUCCAAGGAUGACCCGGGAACCGGCAACUGCACCUUAGCGAUUGAUCCAACCGGGUAUCCGCAGCUGUUCUUAUACAAGGGUGGGGCUCCUUUGUGGCGGCUCGGAUCUUGGACCGGACAAAGAUGGAGCGGCGUACCCGAAAUGACACAGAACUUCAUCUUCAACUCCACCUUCGUGGAUAAUCAAGAUGAGAUCACCAUUGAAGACCGUCUCACUGUACCUAACGUUUUCUCUAUUGUGGUGCUAAAGGAACCUGGGGUCACAGAGCGGUUUACUUGCAAUGGGAACGGGUGGGUCCGGUAUUUUUCCAGCCCGACAAAGAAUUGCGAUUACUACCAAAAAUGCGGACCAAAUAGUUACUGUGACCUGAACAUCCCAGAAAAGUUCGAGUGCACGUGCUUGCCCGGGUUUGAACCCAAGUCAGCCCAUGAUUGGUUCCUGAGAGAUGGGUCGGGCGGGUGCGUGAGGAAUCGAGGAGGAGAAGGGUUCGUGAAGCUUGCACGUGUGAAGGUGCCGGAUACCUCGAUGGCACGUGUGGACAUGAGUCUAUCAAUGAAAGAGUGCAAGCAAGAGUGCAUGAAGAAUUGUAAUUGUACGGCAUACACCAAUGCAAUUGAGACAAAGGGAGGGAUUGGGUGCCUUACAUGGCACGGGAACUUGGUGGACAUGAGAGUCUAUUACAACGUAGGACAAGAUUUAUAUCUACGCGUGGAUGCUGCUACAUUAGCUCAACAUGCAAAGAAGAAUGGUCUUCUUCAAAAUAAAGGAAAGCUGGCGAUUCUUGUGGUUUUUGUUGCAGUAAUGCUACUUAUUGUGGCUUCCAUUGUGUAUUGGUUCAUAAUGAGGAAGAUAAAAGAGAAAAGGCAAAACAAGUGUACAAGGGAGCUCGAUAGAAGUACGAGAAAUUCAGAUUUACAAUUCCUUGACCUAAGAAUGAUAGUUGCAGCCACGAAUAACUUCUCUGUUUCUAACAAGCUAGGAGAAGGUGGUUUUGGAUCAGUGUACAAGGUUGAAAUUGGUAUUUGCUUUCGGGGUUGCUUACAUGAUGGAAAGGAAAUAGCAGUGAAAAGACUAUCGAAGUACUCUGGACAAGGCAUAGAAGAGUUCAAGAAUGAAGUUACAAUCAUUGCUAAACUUCAACACAGGAACCUUGUGAGGAUUAUUGGUUAUUGCGUUCAAGGAGAAGAAAAGAUGUUAAUCUAUGAGUACUUGCCAAAUAGAAGUUUGGACACUUUAAUUUUUGAUGAAACAAAAAGGUCAUUGUUAGAUUGGGCCAAAUGCUUCGAGAUUAUUUGUGGGAUUGCUCAAGGGAUCUUAUAUCUUCAUCAAGACUCAAGAUUAAGGAUUAUCCACAGAGAUCUAAAAGCCAGCAAUGUUCUGCUUGACAAUGCAAUGUAUCCAAAAAUUGCAGAUUUUGGUAUGGCUAGAAUCGUUGGAGGGGAGUCAGGGGACCAAAUUGAAGCAAAUACAAAUCGGGUUGUUGGAACAUAUGGUUAUAUGUCUCCGGAGUAUGCAAUGCAAGGGGUAUUUUCCGUGAAGUCAGAUGUAUACAGCUUUGGGGUUUUGCUGCUUGAGAUCAUUAUUGGCAAAAGGAACAAUACUUCUUAUCAUGAUGAUCCCCCCUCAAACUUGGUUGGACAUCUUUGGGAGUUAUGGAAGAAAGGCAAAGCCAUGGAAAUAGUUGAUUCAUCAAUGGGUGACAAGACCCCCGAUAAUGAAGUUGCAAGAUGCAUUCAAAUUGGACUUUUGUGCGUGCAAGAAUAUGCAACAGAUCGACCAAACAUGUCAGCAGUUGUUGCAAUGUUGGGUAAUGACAAACAUCUUCCUUCUCCACAACAACCUGCAUUUGUUUUGACGGGUCAUAGCUGUAAGAAAGACACGUCAACUAGCGAAGGAGCCAUUUCUGCCAAUGAAGUAACAGUUUCUUUGCUUCACGGUCGUUAAAGUCGAAUUAUGUUCAUUGCAAUGUACUGAUAUGAAGUUAGUGUUAGAUGUUAUUGAAUACUUUAGAUAUUAUCUAUUUCAGUUGAAAUAAAAAUGACUUUUGUCCCCUGGAAAAAGGGAUAUUUCUUUC